AUGAAUAAACUCUCUCUGGGAUUAAACAUACGACAAGUGUUGUGGCUCAAUGCAUUGGUGUGGACAGCGAUAUUGAUACACUUGUUUGUAUAUGAAACGAUAUCAAGAGAUUUCAAAUUUCAGGUUCAUUCGAUGCCUCUUCCCAUAGUACCUCCUCUAACAAGACCACCUCUGAAGAGUUCGGCCCAAAUUUUGUCAGAUGCCAUCCGUAAAAUAUCCACACAAGAAAUACAGGAUGAUGCUUCAUCUCGACUGAAACCCUCUGGAUUUUCUGCACAAACACCAUUCCGCGCACCAUCGCCUCUGCACUAUCCUCAAAAUACUCUUCAGCUCGCACGGCUAUCAUCACACACAACAAUUCUUUCGCCUCGAACUCAACAUCAAUCCACCAAUAUACCUUCCAUCGUACCGGUGACCAUGAAUCUAACAUCCAUGACCACUCCAUCCAUGAUUGCUCUUGGAACUACCGCCUCUUUAGUCAUGGCAAGCUUAAAAAGCAAAGUCAAUGGAGGUUUUACAUCAAUUUCAGAGGUACAACAGAUGUCACAAAAACGACAUGUGGUCAUUGGUGUUCAUACCAUAAUUGGACUGGAUAUUUUAUACGUGGAGAAAUUGUUAGGUUUAAAUUCGAGUAUUCAUGAUUUCAGAAUGGAAAGAAUGGAUCGUCCUGAGUCUGAUUGUUGGAUGGGAAAUGUAUUUGAAUAUUUUGAUGCUGUUGUUUCAACUGAUUCGUUUUUCACCAUCAUGUUUAGACAAAAUAGAGAUUGUUAUUUAGGAGAAAAACGUUUCAAACCUCUUCUCAAUGUGUCCAAUGACAUGAAUAUUGUGAAUAUUGGUCCCUAUGAAGUUUUAAUGAUGAAUUCGAAUGGUGCUGAUUCAGGUAUCAUGGAACUUGUGGCAAGUCAAGCUCUCUAUUCAGUCAUGAAACAAUUUGUGACACUUCUCUUUAUACCACAAUCAUUGUGUAACUCGUAUUUUAUUGCUCAUGAUUAUGCAGUGAUUCGAGCUGGUUAUGGACUUGUCAAUUUAACACAACAAGAUGUAGAUGCCUUUUCCUAUUAUUUCAAAAAUUCCAUGCAAGUCAAUCACACAUAUUAUGAUACGGCUGUACAAUUGUUGAAAGCAAAUAUUACAUCAGCUGUUUUUGAUUCUCUAGGAAUACAAACUCAAGCUAGUUUGAGUCCAAAAUUGAGUUCAAUGGUUUUCCCUGCCUCUUGUUAUUCAUGUGCUACCUCUCAAUGCAUGUGGGAAGAUGGAAAAAGUCCAACACCUAGCCCUCUCUCAGAUUCAAUCUCCAUUGCCUCUGGAUUAUUCUUGGGACUUUCUCUUAUUACGUAUUGGCCUCUCUUAUUCAUUUUCAGAAAUAAGCCAAGUAUUAAGAGAAGGUUGAUCAUUCCUUGGGUGUGUCCAUUGUUUUCUUAUCUGAUUGUUUUGGAUCAAUUAUUUGAAGUUUCCAAACCUUGCUAUAUGCUUCACCACCUUAUUAUUUAUUUUGCAUCCAUGUACAAUAUUGUCAUUUAUUAUUCCAUCAUGACUCGUUUUACCAUUUUAAGAAAUCUCUAUUCAAUUUUGAGAAAAUGUAAAACUGAAACUCAGGUCAAAAUUGUCAAAUUUGUUGUAAGCAAAACGUUUACAAUUGCUUUCUCUCUUAUUUUAGGAUUCAUUUUGUCUUGUGUGGUUGCAUUGGCACCCAUAGCAGCCUACAGAGAAGAAUAUUUUGGUUACAAUUCACAAUACAUCUCCUCUAUGGUGGUCAGUGUAAUUUCCAUCGUUUUUGCAGGAGCUUCCUUGUUGGCUGUUGCUGUUAAUGUCAUUAUUGGAGUUCCAACCAUCAAAUCAAAAGGAAUUUUAUAUUUUCUAUUCUUUGAUGAUCCCUUCUUUAUUCGAUAUGAUGUAGUUUUUUUGGUAGUGGGUGCAAUUUUGGUAGCAGUGAGCUUAUUCACUUCGGCAAGUAUGAUUCCAGCAUACAAUGGAAUUGUUUCCUUUGUGAGUUAUGCAUUGGGAUUCUUUUACUACGGUGGUGUUGCCAUUAUUUUUGAGAUUCUCAAAAUUAUCUUCUUCAGAGCUCCAAAGGACAAGGGAGAACAAUGGGAACAAAAGUUAGAUGACACAUCGUUCAUGUCCCUCCUUAAAGAAUUUGCAGAAAAGGAAAUGAGUUUGGAAAAUAUUUAUUGUUAUGAAAAGUUGAAAGAAAUGGAAAAGAAAUCUUCAGACAAUAAUCCAAGAUUGAGUGUCUCAGACUUGGAUUUCUUGUACAAUAACUUUAUGAAACCAUUGGGUAAGAAUGAGAUUAACUUUUCCAAUGAAACCAAGAAAGAGUUUGAGGAGAUUGUAUCGAAAUGCAAGAAGAAUGAGGAUGUGAGGUUUAACUCAUUGAGGCAAGUCUUGAUGAUUCCUCUCAUGAUCAAUAUUCGAGAUACCUACAUGCGAUUAGUGAGAACCAAUGAGUAUAGAAAAUGGCAGACAGCAAAGUCCAUGUUGGAUGCUAACUAA